AUGCGUUCCGCUGCCGUCACUCUCCUGGCCGCCGCCACAGCGGCCAGCGCGCAGACUUCCAUCUCUUUCUUCUACCCCAGCGAGAUGCCUACGAGUGAGGACUUCGAGAACAUCGCUCUAUCCAUCGUCGAAGUCCAAGACGCCGAUCACACUGUCGUCGCCUUCUCAUGCGUCGACAGCUCCACCACUUCCGCUUCUUCGCCCGAAAGCACGAGCUCCAGUUUCGACGACGAUGACAGCGACAGCUAUUACUACGGUGAUAGUUGUGUUUUCGUCGCCGGCGCCAUGACCGCCACCGUCGGGCCCGACUCUUUCGGAUACACUUACGACAGCUACGACUACACCGUGACCAUGGGCUGCACGUCUGCCAAUGAAGCCGGCUUCUGUACCUACCAGUCGGCCGGUGAGGGCGCGUGGUCGGACUACUGCGCGUACUCCACCGACAUUGAGUACGACGACGACGACGCCAUCACCAGCUGCAUCAGCGCCCUCGCCUCCAGCACCCUCCCGGCGUUCACGACGGCGCUGCAGCCGUCGGAGAUGACGACCAUCGCCAUGCCCGUGACCGCGGGCGCCGACAAGCUGAGCGCGGGCGCCACCGCGACGGGUACCUCCGCCCGCGCCACCUCGACCACUACCUCGCACACCAGCAAGUUCACCGUCACCAGCGACCCCGGCUUCGGCGCCACCACCACCAUUGGCGGCCCCAGCAGCGGCUCCGCCAGCGCCACUGCCAGCGGCAGCGGCUCUGCCGCUCCCGCGCAGCAGACGGAUAAUGCGGCGGGUAAGCUGACGGCUGCAGGUGCUGUGGGCGUUGUUGGUGGCGUGGUUGCGAUGCUGGCGUUGUGA